AUGACCGCCAAGGUUCCGCGCAACUUCCGCUUGCUAGAGGAGCUGGAAAAGGGCGAGAAGGGCCUCGGCGCUGAGGCCUGCAGCUACGGCCUCGAAGACAGCGAGGAUUUGCUCAUGAGCAACUGGAACGGGACCAUUCUGGGGCCCCCUCACUCCGUUCACGAGAAUCGCAUCUACAGCGUCAAAAUGCACUGCGGCGACAAGUACCCUGAUGUGCCUCCUACCAUCCAGUUCGUCAGCCAGGUGAAUCUACCGUGUGUCAACCCGCGUAAUGGCAUGGUCGACCCCAGCCAGCUCCCUUGCCUCGCCCAGUGGAAACGGGAAAAUACCAUGGAGACGGUCCUUAUCGAGCUGAGGAGGUACAUGGCGGCUCCGAUGAACAAGAAAAUUCCUCAACCCCCCGAGGGCUCGACCUAUUCAUGA